GCAAUAUAACGUUGAUCUAGAACAAAGAACUUGUUCGUGUCGGAUGUGGGAUUUGACUGGAAUACCUUGUAAACACGGAGUGUGUGCAAUUUGGCUUAAGUAUGGCAAGGGUCCUGUGUAUGACUAUGUCAGUCCUUACUAUUCGAUAGACACAUUCAUGAAGAUUUAUAGUGGCUCGAUAAAUCCAAUGUCAGGUUCUGCGGAAUGGCCUAUCACUGAUAAAACUCCCCCUCUUCCUCCACUUUAUUCUAACAAGCCAGGGAGACCAAAAAAAAUGAGGAAACAAUCAGCUGGUGAGCUUACAACAGACGGUGAAAGAGUGGCUAGGAGCCGAAUUACAUUACACUCCUCUAAUUGCAAAAAACCUGGUCACAAUUGUAGGAAGUGUCCAGAUAAUCCCAAACCUAAAGAUAAGCUGCCUAAAAAGAAGACAAAAUCAGCAAGAACAGUUCCUGAAACCGAAAAAGAGGUGCAGUAGAACAUACAAAGGGUUGAGGAGCACAUCAACUUAGAGGAUGACAUUGUGAAUGAUCAGGGCGUAUCAGGCUUUCAAUAUAGCAGUUGUGAUAUGCCUGCUGCAAGUUUGAACAACCAAGAUCAUGACUUGGAGUUGGAAUGUACUAUUGGAUCAUUUGAUGUUAAUUCUCUAAUAGUCCCUAAUCAUACCAUUCCUUGGGCAGAGGUGCCUGGUCAAAAUGGGGCAAGUGUUAGUGAAGGAAAUAGUUUUUAUGAUACAGGUGAUACCGGAGAGCUUUCUAAUAUGAAAGUGACAAAUUGUGGUGUGAACAUUUGCUUUGGAGCUCCUUCUAGUAAACUAAUUAUCAAAAGGGCAAAAUGAAGGACAUAGUAAUGGACUUGGCUUGCACAAUGUUUUUGUCAAUUAUUAAUGUAAUGUUAGUGAAUCAGUUUAGUAUGUUUUUUGUUGAUGCCAAUGGCUUAGUAAUGUAAUGUUUAUUAAACCUCAUUAUUUACAAACAGAUUGGCACUACUGAGAAGGAAACUCAUUUUUUUGCUGAUGUUUUUUGCUUGGCACUAUUGAGAAGGAAACACAGUG